AUGCUAAAUAACAGUGGUUCAAAGUACGGUACUUUUGGACCGGCACCAAGGAGAAGACUGAACCUCAGCUUUAUAUCUCCAGCACCGAAUGCAUACAAUAUAUCAACUUUAAAGCAUCAAAACAGGCAAGAUUUCAAUCGUGCCCCAUGUUCAAGAGCGUUUCAAAGUAACAUUGCUGUUAAAUGCGACCAAUAUCAACGAAACCAGCAUAUGCCAGCACCUUGUGAUUAUCAAAAAAUAGAAACGAAAUGUAAAUCCAGAGCCAGUAUGGCUGCAUUCAAAUCAUCUAGUGAAAGACGAUUUGAUUUUUCGCAAUCAGCAACCUGUACUCCAGGACCAGGACAUUAUGAUAUUGAUGCGAAACAGAAUAGAUCUAACUUGCCCCAUUCGGCUUUUGCAUCUAAAAGUGAACGUACUGUACUGGGAACUACAUCAGAAUAUCCUGGACCAGGAGCAUACGAUUUGGUCAAGUAUCCUAAUGAUCCAACUUUAAGAACAACCAAAUUACCUCUAACAAAAUCUGCUUCAACGACAAAUUUAAAAACUUUAUCUAGAGAUCAGGAAAAUUAUCCUGGUCCUGGAACAUAUAAUAUCACUACUAAUGAACUAGCACCAAAACAUUUUAUGUCUAGUUCAGUUUUCCUAUCGAAUGUACCACGCUGGAUAAUGCCAAAUAUUCCAGUUGCUCUGGGUAUCGGUGAUAUGGUUGCAAGUAAUUCUUCACGUACAUGUGCUGGUGGAAUUGAUGCUUUAAAUAAUCCAGGACCAACAAAAUACAAUCCAUGUCUACCACGUAAACUGUCAUUUCAUUAUAAUCUGAACAAUGAGUGGGUGUAUUGA